UCUACCAAGCCCGGGCAGUGUCCUACAACCACCGGUUUGGGGGUCGGAUUGUGCAUAGAGGACUGUACCAGCGAUGCUGACUGCCGGCCGGAAUCACAAGUGCUGUUCUAAUGGUUGCGGGCACCAAUGCAGGGAACCGGUGACAGAGAAGCCCGGUAGUUGCCCUGUGGGCCUGCUGCCGGAGGGAGCUGUAGGAACCUGCGUGGAGCUGUGCGGUCAGGACCAGGACUGCCCUACCUCUCACAAGUGCUGCUCCAACGGCUGCGGGCACGCUUGCAUCCAGCCGCUGGAUAUACCUGUCAUUCAUGAGGGCUCCUGCCCAGUUAUUGAUGGUGGAUUUGGGAUCUGUCAGGAGCUAUGCGAUAAUGAUGGCAACUGCACAACCAAUCAGAAAUGUUGUUCCAAUGGAUGUGGGCACACCUGUGUCGAUGCAGUAAAAGAGCCCGAGUGUCCGCCUGUGAUGUGCAUGAUGUGGUGCCCUCAUGGCUACCAGCAAGACUCAGACGGGUGCGACACUUGCCAGUGCAACCAUCCAACUGUGAUCCAUGCUGGUGAGUGCCCUGUCGUUGACGACGGCGCUGGGUUUGGCGCCUGUGUCGAGGUCUGCGAUCACGACGGGAACUGCAGCACGACCCAGAAAUGCUGCUCCAACGGCUGCGGGCACACCUGCAUGGAGGCAGGGCAACCAGACCCUGCUACUCUGGGAUGUCCGGGCGUUACCCCCAACCAGCUGAGUGUGUGCGUCACCGACUGCAGCAUGCACACCGAUUGUAAUAACUCCCAAUUGUGCUGCCCUAAUGCCUGUGGUCACCAGUGCAUGGAACCAGUGACUGUUCAUCCAGGCACCUGCCCAGUUGGAGACCUGUCGACUGGCGUCAGCGGGAUCUGUUCUGAGCUGUGCCGCAACGAUGGAGACUGCCCCUCUGCCGAUCAGAAGUGUUGCUCCAACGGUUGUGGUCAUGUUUGCGUGACUGCCAACCCCACUCCGGACGCUUGCCCUGACGUGACCUGUCGGAUGUUCUGUCUAUUUGGUUUCAAGAAGGACUCUAACGGCUGCGACAUCUGUGAAUGCUACGAGCCACCAGCCGCUCAUCCUGGUACCUGCCCCAUUGGUGUCCUGCCUCAAGACAUGAUUGGAGCGUGUGUGGAAAGUUGCCACGACGACGGCGACUGCACUGCUCAUGAGAAGUGCUGCUCUAAUGGAUGUGGCCACAGUUGCGUGAAUGCGACAGCUAUCUUGUGUCCAGACUUCAUGUGUGCUAUCUACUGUGAGUACGGAUAUCAGCUGGACCAGAAUGGCUGCAGCACAUGCAUUUGUCUGGAAGAGCCAGAGGUCUGCAGGGAGGUGUUCUGCGCCAUGCAUUGCCCCUAUGGAUUCAAGAAGCUAGCUAAUGGAUGCCCAUACUGUGAAUGCCAGGACACACCCACAGAAUGUCCGGAGGUGAUGUGUAUGAUGUAUUGUGAGACUGGCUACCAGAGAGAUUCCAACGGCUGUGAAGUUUGCCUGUGCAAUGAGCAGCGUCCUAUCAUAAGACCUGGGUCAUGUCCGAGAGUCGAUGCAGAUGAUGUGGAAUUCGGGAUGUGUGCCGACAUGUGUGACAAUGAUGCUGAAUGCCCCACCAAUCAGAAGUGUUGUUCCAACAGCUGCGGCGGCCACCAGUGCGUGGAUGCGGAGAAUGUCCCAGUUGAGUGUCCGUCCAUGCAUUGCAUGAUGUGGUGCCCUUAUGGUUUCCAGAGAGACCAGAAUGGAUGUGAUUUGUGUCUCUGCAAUCAACAAACAGAGAUUCACACAGGGUCCUGUCCGCCUGCUUCCGCUGACAGUUUUGGCGUCUGCUCUGAAUCCUGCGAACACGAUGGAUCGUGUGCGCCAUCGGAGAAAUGCUGCCCCAACAGCUGCGGGGCACGCCAGUGCACACCUGCAAUCAUGACAGAAGUGAAGCCUGGAGCAUGUCCUGAGGUUACAGACGGUGGCCUUGGCCUGUGCCUGGAAGCUUGCUCCGCUGACGCCAACUGCACAGGCUCCAAGAAAUGCUGCUCCAAUGGCUGCGGUCACCAGUGUUCAGAAGCUGUUGACAGGCCAGUGGUGCGGCCAGGGGUGUGUCCUGUAGGCUCUCUGCCAGAAGGCGUCAACGGCAUCUGCGUUGACAUGUGUCAAGAUGAUAGCGAGUGCUCCGACAAUCAAAAGUGUUGCUCCAAUGGCUGCGGCCUGGUCUGCAUGACCAGCUUCAGAGCACCAGAUACCUGUGGCGAUGUAAUGUGCAGCAUAUUCUGUGACUAUGGGUUCAAGAGAGAUGACAACGGCUGUGAUGUUUGCAUUUGCAACGACCCUCCAGUGUUGCAUGUUGGUGAAUGUCCAACCAGCAGCGGAGGUUUCGGCAUUUGCACUGAUCUAUGCACGUCCGACGGCAACUGUGAGCCGCAUCAGAAGUGCUGCUCCAACAGCUGCGGUCACAUGUGCAUGGAUGCUGUCAACAUUCCGGUUGUACAUCCUGGAUCCUGUCCCCUGGGGUCCUUGGCUGAGGAGUUGUCUGUGGGGGUGUGCGUGGAUCUGUGUGAUGGGGAUGAGGACUGCGACUCGGACAUGAAGUGUUGCUCCAACGGCUGCGGGCAGCAGUGCCUGAAAGCAGUCGACGUCCCAGUCGUCUGUGCUGAAGUCCUAUGUAUGAUGUUCUGUGCCCAUGGCUUUCAGAAAGAUGAUGACGGCUGUGACGUGUGCUCUUGUAACAUUGAACCAGUGACUUGUCCGCCUGUCUUGUGCCAACGAUUCUGCGAGGACGGAGCUGUUGUUGAUGAAAACGGAUGUGACACGUGCCAGUGCAAAGGAGACCCAGAUGUUUGCCUACCAAUAACAUGUAACAUGUUCUGUGAUUAUGGCUUUGAGAAGGAUGCUGCAACCGGUUGCGACAUUUGUUCCUGCCGCCAACCAGUCUACCAUGCUGGUGAGUGUCCAGCAAUGGAUGAUGUGAUUGGUCUGUGUGGUGAAUUCUGUUUGCACGACGGGGAAUGCUCAGCCAAUCAGAAGUGUUGUUCCAAUGGCUGCGGUCACACAUGCAUGGAGGCAGUUCAGCAGACAGUUCUCAAGCCUGGAGGCUGCCCAGCUGUUAUUGCCAGUGACGUUGUGGGCGUUUGUGUCAACAACUGCACUACGGACGCUGACUGUGUCAAGGAUCUGAAAUGCUGCUCCAAUAGUUGCGGUCAUGCCUGCGUUGAACCUACAAAAGAUGUGAAACCGGGAACGUGUCCUGUAGUGAUUAAUGAUUUUGACGACUCCUACACAUGCGCAAAUGAAUGCAAGUACGACACAGACUGUGAUGAUAUCUUAAAAUGCUGCCAUAAUGGCUGUGGACACGCCUGCGCCAAACCAGAGGAAGUUGACAACCAGCUGGGGGAGGCCGAAGCUGGGCAGGCAGGGAUGAUGUCAUCCAGACUUGUCAUUUGGGCUUUCGUGUCUAUAAUCAUAGCCCUGAUGUAAUUGUUGUCGACUGCGGUGAUGCACUUUUAAGAGUGUAACACUUUGACUUGUCUCCCUCACCUCAUAAAUUGGGUUUGUUAGAAGUUGAGAGACAUGUCAUCUCUCUUUUAUCAAAUUACCAUUUCUCCAAGACUUUCACUGUAGCUUUUGCGUCUGACAUUUACCUGUAGUCAACAUGUAUAUACAUGCAGUCAUUCUAGUUAACUUUUACCCUCCCUGAAAGCUAACCCUGCCCUCCAUCUAUAGAUCAAUCUACAUGUAUCUUUCCUCUCGAUAGCAUAGAGUUCAUUGACAGAGCACCUCUCCGUUCUUUUUGUCUCUAUACCUCCUCCACCACAUUACUUUACUUAUACCCUUGACACUCUAAGGGAGCAUCUCGGAAGUAUUCAUUUCUGUUGGACCGUUCUCACUGGAAAAAGCAGCAUUCACCCAUCAGUGGGAACGGUCCACUUUGUGCAUAACCUGCUCUGGGCAGUGUUCCCAGUGCCAUGUCCGACUGUUGUGUGAUGAGAACAAAACAUUUUAACCAGUCGGAAUUAUGAGAUGUUCCCAAAGGGUAUUUAUUCUACAUUUGCUUGUUCAUAGCUCUUUUUCUAUGUGUAGAUGUCCACUCUUUCCCCUUGCUGCACAUAUUCAUCUUGUAGACAGGCCUGCCCACCACUCUCCAGUCGCCUCUGUGUGCCAGCACUGUUUCAAUAAAUACUUCUUUUUUCUUUGCAUUGGCUUACAGGCGUUUGGUUUCAGUAGACUGCUGUCAUUCAUGCUAAACGAAGCCCUCAACAUACCUUUUCUGUCUUUGUCUCUGUAGCUGCCUCAAGCCUUUCCUGUCAAGAUGACUUUGCCUAUCUUGUCCUUCCAAAACUUUUUUGUUAGUGGCAGUUGAAUCAACACUGUAGAUGCUCACAUUUACCUGUAAUGGCACUUUCUUACUACUGGGUAAUCCCCCAGUCUUUUGGGAAUGAAUUGGCCACUUCUAUCUGCCUAAAAUGGCAAUAUCGAGCUUUAUGCCUCCUGCUGGGUAGCUGGACUGAUUAUAGCAUUGUCUCUAGGCUCGAUGAGCAAGGGUAGUCAUGAAUUGAAAUCUUGAUUGCUAGUGUAUACAGUUAAAAUUUGUACCCCCUUAAAAGUGAAGAUUAGCUUAAUCAUGAUACUAAAGACAGCACCAUUCCCACAUCGUCUUCGAUAUAUUUGCUGAAAUUGCUGAUCGCUUUUCUUAUGUGUUGCAAAAAUUCGUUUUCCCCUCUCCAUUACCCCCUAUCUUCCUUCAUAUAUAUUUAAUCUUACUUCCUGUGUCUGCCGCUUACUCGGCGUUUUAACUCAUUUCUUAUCCUGAAAUGAUAUCAUUUCUCUGUCUCAUCCUCUUCAUUAAGAUUCUAUCCGAUCCCCUAAAUGUAUCAAUUACGUUGGAAAAGUGUGUCCUCCUCGUAGCUCUCCAAACUAUGAAGAGUACACGUAUUGUAACAUAGACUCUGUGUGGGGCCUUCCUCACAUUCUUGAGAGGGCAUGUGUGGGCGGUAUCAUGUUUGGUCCCAAACUUUCAAUUAGAAAACUACUCGAAUAGAGAUCGUGACAAAUCAUAGACAUUACUAAUCAUGGGGACAAUGUCAACACCCGUCGCUUCAUGUAAGAUGUAAAUGUACACGGUAGUGUGACCUGGGGAAGAAGCCGAGCGGCUGAUGGAGGCUGGUGAUUUGAAAAAGAAAGUUGGGUCGCUGGUAAAAGUAAAACGAGGACCGUAAAAAUGGUUUUAACUGGACAAAAAUGUUGGCAGGCAUGAGAUUUAUACCAGAACAUGCAUCGACCACAUUCAUCAUCCUUUAUACAGUGAUGGUAUUCCAGUAGUGCUAAAGUUUUCCACCUUUUGAAAACUGUACUGAGGUAUUUUAUUCAUUGCCAGUUACUUUUGUUGUAAACAGGUUCAUUUUAACACACCUGUUGUGCCGUCGUUACUUGAUUUGAGCAGUAUCGGUUUCAAAGACUUGUCACAAUUUGUAAAAAAAAAUUAGCUUCAUUUCUUUCUUGAAAAUGCCAUUAAAACCAAUACUGUGGCAGCAUGUGAGAUUGAAAUAACCGGCAAUAUUUCCCCAUUUUUUGUUUUGUUUUAUUUUUGUUUUGUUUCUGUAACAAGACUUCUUUGUCUUACACACGUGAUAAAGACAAGCAGUGCAUUUCAAAUGUUUUACCAGGAAGCAAAUGGACUAUCUACAGAACGUUAUUUCGUCACUUUUUAGUUGUGAGUUUUAUAUACAGUUGAACUUCGUUAAUAAGAACACAGCACUUUUAAUACAACGUUCUGUUAAUGGCAGUGAAAUUUUUUGGUCCAAAUCCUUCGCUUUUUCAUUCAGUAAUACAAGGUUUCUGUUUUAACAAGGUAACUGGCAAAGUCCAAAGGACCUAUUAUUAAUGAGGUUCAACUGUAUAUUGAAAUUGCAAUUCCAUAUUUACCCACAUUAUCAUUACCCACAAUAUAAUUUGUGCAGGUUAUAUACAGGAAUCAUUGGCAAACCCGGUUGAUAUUCAAACCGUCUGAUUCGUUAAUUAUUAAGCCAAUCUGUGUUUCUGUUUGUGUGUUAGAUAUAAUAGCCAUUCUGCAUUAAUUAAAAUAGACAUGAUUGUCAUCGCCGCAUUA